UUUAUUCUACUUUAUUUGGAAGUGGCAUAACUACAGUUGCAACAUCAUAGAGUUUGUGUGACGGUUAAAAGCAGGUCUUUUAGUCUUUCGGGCCAUUUGAUCAUCAUGCUUUUGUACCUAUUACUCCUCUCAGUCAUUGUGACUGGUCAUUCUCAGAAAGUUCCAGGUAAACAGGAUGGUGAUUCCUGUGUGUGUAGAAUAAGCAGUUCUAUCUGGGAUUUUCCUGCUGUGCGGUUUGAGGAAGUCACAAAGCAGGUCCAGACCUGUGAGGUCAACCUUAUUGAGUUUCAGAAAAAGAUAAAGAACAAAAAUGCUGAAUUGCCGAAGAUGGAAGCCAACAUCAAGAACAUCAUAGCACGUCUAAAACCCUUUGAGUACCUGAACACAAAUGGCUUGUACAAUGCCCUUCAACUGCAACAGUUGAACGAUGAGCUUGAAGAAAUCCAUCGGGCUACCAGAGAAGUACACAAGAACAACCCCAGCAAAGAGACUCAAAACCUGCUGAAUGAGUUGCUUAAGGCAAAGAAGGAAAUCCAGAACAUGUACAAAGACAGUUUGUUCAAUCUUGAGACAAUGAAAACGAGGUUACGCGAACUCAACAAUAGAGCACAAUCCUGCAAAACUAUACCUGAAGAUUUCAGAAGCACCUGUCAUCAGCGCAUCAUGACCAGCAUUAGUUCUCCAGUCGUCACCAAGCUAAAUUCCCAGAGCAGCUCAUAUACCUCUGGUGCUUGGGGCCGUGAUGCCAAACUGAACAGCAAGGAACGCUAUUGGGAGCACUGUCUGGUGAGUGGAUACAAGCAUGGCAACACAAUCAGGAUGUACAACUCGCAUGAAGAUUUCAUGUCCAACAAGAACUACAAGGAUGAAUAUAUUGCAUCAUCAUACAGUGACAAGAAUGCUGUUCAGGGCUCUGGCACCAUACUGUACGAUAACACUGUAUUUUACCAGUGCUAUGGCACAGCUGAGAUCUGCAGCUUCAACAUUACAACACAGGCAACCAAGCGAGUGAAACUGAAUGGUGCCGGUAUAGACAAUAAGUUCCCUUUCUGCUACUACAGCUGCCGUGAUUGGACUGAUAUCGACCUGGAGGCUGGCCAAAAUGCUGUGUGGGUAAUAUAUGCCACUGAAGACAACCAUGGCAACAUUGUUGUGAGUCGUUUAGACCCAGUACAGCUCAAUAUCACACAUACCUGGAAGACAAAUCUCUUUAAGAGGUCUGUCACCAGCACGUUUAUGGUGUGCGGUGUCCUGUAUGCUACACGCUAUGUUAAUGCCUACCAAGAAGAGGUGUUUUAUGCCUUUGAUACAACCACUGGUCAGGAGAUAAAUACACUUUCUUUGCCUUUUGAGAAGGUAGCAGCAGGAAUAGCCAACCUCAACUACAACCCUGUUGAUAGGAGACUCUACUUGUAUAAUGACGGCUAUCUUUUAGCAUAUAAUGCCUUCUUCUGAGGGUUUAUCAUAUGCAGAAACUUGCGUUAGCUUCAAAUUAAUUUGUAUUUCAAAAUCUCAAAAGCAUUAAAGGCGAAGUGUAACUUCUGCGCCACCAAAAGUAAUUGCAAAAAUAUAUAUAUUUUUCCCAUACUGCUUUCCCAAAUACUCGAAGUAUAUAGCUCCAGGCUGAGCUCCAAUAAGGGGCGGGAGCUCUAAACUGCCAGAAAAGAUGUACAGAGCUCCUAACCCUCUCCCGAACCAUGUUUGGAACUGAUGCCCCCUUUUGGAGUUGGCCCAACCCCAUUUGAGUAACCCCGCCCCCUCUUCUGGAGUUACUUCACACUCAUUUGGAGACUCCGCCCCUAUUUGGAGAUCUAUCUGCCAACAUAAUCUCACCCCAAUCUCACGACAUUUGUUGAAUCAGUGUUGCUGUGUGAGGUGGUCAAACUUCUCAAACAGAGCAGUAUUUUCAGUGCCAGUUUUGAAGAACUCAACCUCUGAAUGGCUUACUUAUAGCUGCCUCUGCAUAUUAUGCUGAAGAGUAUUUUAACAUUGAAAAGUUACACACUUCAGCUUUAAGUAAUAUAUGUAUGCUUUGCAAUAUUCAGAAGUUUGUACUUUAUCAGUCUAAAUUUCAUAAUAUGCCCUGUUCUGCUUUAUUUGAAGAGGUUAUUGGUAGCCUGUUCAAAUAAAAAAGUAAAUACACAGCAAAUAAAUCAGAGAUCGUGUGAUUAGUGUGAGAUAAUUUUGAGGUCUGCAAUAUGUAACUUAUUUUAUUAUGUGACCGUUAAGACUUUUGAAAUGUUUGAAUCAAAUGACCCAAACACAACCAAAUGUUUGCAAUAAAUGUGCUUAUGCAUGGUCA